AUUGCCGAGAGAGCGUGCUGUGGCGUUCCCUGCAAAUGUUCUGGGCAAAGAGGAGACCGAGGACCUCUGGGCAGCGUCGGGCCAAAGGGCAUGUCUGGAGAAGAUGGCUAUCGAGGUUACCCUGGGGAUGAAGGUGGACCAGGUGAACGUGGGCCUCCGGGGGUGAACGGCACUCAAGGUUUCCAAGGAUGCCCAGGCCAGAGAGGAACAAAGGGUUCCCGUGGAUUCCCAGGAGAAAAGGGAGAACUGGGAGAGAUAGGCCUGGAUGGGCUGAAUGGAGAAGAGGGAGACAAAGGAUUGCCCGGCUCUUCUGGAGACAGAGGCAGCGCUGGCAGAAGGGGAGACCGAGGCGCUAAAGGAGAAAAAGGAGAAAGAGGAGAAAUGGGAAUUCGAGGCGAUCCGGGUGAAAUUGGACUGGACAGUCAACAGCGAGGGCCCAAAGGAGAGAAGGGUGAAAUCGGCCCCGUGGGAGUUCCUGGACUGGAUGGGAGACCCGGCGGUCCUGGAGGAAUUGGGAAGGACGUGAGUAUAUCUUGUUCCUUUACCCAGGGAUGGACGCUGGGGCCAAGCCACUGGACCUCCCUCUGCUCUUGGAGGAAGUAG